AUGGAUUCAGAUUUAUCCAAUUUAACUGGCUAUGAAAUGUAUAACAACUACUUACCAUCAUUCCUGUCGAUUCCUAUAACCAUUUUUCUAACUUUGAUAAUGGUCAUGGGUAUUCUGGGAAAUACCUGCGUUACUAUUAUAUUUAAACCUAAUCGAAUGCCAAUAACCACAAAUGAGACAGUUAAUAAUUUGCUCCUUUACCAUUUAGCCAUUGCUGAUUUGGUCAACUGUCUCUUAUGUAUACCUGCAGAAAUUAUUGAAUUUAAUACGUACGGUCAAGUGCGACAUUACACCUGUCAAGUUGUAAUGGCAAUAUCUAUGCGCUGUAACAUUGUUAAAAUUACAAUAUCAACCCAGAUAUUUCUCCUGUUUAUCAAUUCAGGAUAUGUAGGAAACGGCAGUGAAAUGCCUUUAAUUAUAUUUUUUAAGCAACUCGAAGUUAAUUUGAUGAUUGCAAAACUUGCUUACCCAGUAUUAAAAGCCUUAAUCGAUUAUUCGAUACCCGAAGUAGCUAUAACCGACAAGUAG